AUGACGGCCGGGUUAGAAGAUUUUUGUGCAGAGCAAGAAGCACCGCUGUACAGUGAAGGAAUGAACGUGUUGCAUGAUUUAGAUCCCCAAGAAAGGACACUCGAAGAUGUGUCUGAUUGCGUUUCCGAUUCCGAUGAAUAUUUUGGUGACAAUUUCUAUGAUGACUGGGACAACAGAGCAAUUAACGGGAUUGCGGACCUCCAAACCGUGAAGUUUAAAGAGCUAACUGCAGAUCAGAUUCGAAGGCUUCAUUUUCCAGAUCGAUCGGUUGCCUUUUCAUUCUACAACUUGUAUGCCAAAAUGAAUGGUUUUUCUGCAAGGAAGAGUCGGAUACGACGCAAUGUGAAUAAUGAUGUGACACAACAAGCAUUUGUGUGCUUUAGACAGGGUUUUAGAGAUUUGUACUCUGAUAAUGACGCCGCUCGACGCAAACGGGAACCAAGGCCUACAACUAGAUGUGGAUGUGGGGCAGAGAUGCGUGUGCAUAUACAUGAGGAGACAGGCAGAUGGAUUGUAAGCUACUUUCAAGAAGAACACAACCAUGAGAUGCUUGAUGAUAUGUUAACUUUUAUGCUUCCUGGGCAUAGGAAAAUGAAUUCUGCUGCAAUUGAUCAGAUGAACAUGAUGCUGAAAGUUGGUAUUAAAACUCCUCAAAUUUAUUCAUCAUUUGUACACACUGCAGGCGGAUUUCAUAAUGUGCCCUUUUUGAAAAGAGAUAUGUAUAAUCAGAUAGACAAGCAACGGAGGCUCAUAGGCGGUGAUGCCAAGGCUUGCCUUAAGUAUUUGGAAUCAACGGCAGCAGAGAGCCCAGGAAUGUUCGUGCAAUAUCUGGCGGAUGAUGAGGAUCGGUUGGUCCACCUUUUCUGGUCAGACAAUUGUAGCCAAUUGGACUACCAUUUGUUUGGGGAUGUGGUAGCAUUUGAUGCGACUUAUCGAAAGAAUAAGUAUAUGUGCCCUUUAGUUGUGUUUUCCAGUGUCAAUUGCUGA